GAGAGGGAGAGAGUAUCUUAAGCAGACUCUGUGCUGAGCUUGUGGCCCACCUGUGGCUCAAUCUCGAGACCCCAAGAUCAGGACCUGAGCCAAAACCAAGAGUCUACUGCUUAACCCACUGUGCCACUAAGGCACAACUCUUUGUAUCUUUUUUAAAUUGAGGUGUUAUUGACCUAUUCUAUCAAUUUCAGGUGUAUAACAUAAUGACUUAAUAUUUGUAUACACUGCAAAAAGAUCACCACAAUAAGAACUUUCAAGAUUUACUCUCUUAGGAACUUACAAAUAGCCAAUACAUUCCUACAGACUCUAGCCACCAUGCUGUGCAUUAAUUACAUCCUCAUGACUUACUGAUUUUUUAACUGUAUCGUUUGACCCCCUUCACCUAUUUCACCCAUCCUUCCAAUCCCCCUACCUUUUGGCAACUACCAAUCUGUAUCUCUUCUUUGUUCACUUUGUUUCUGUGCACACACACAGAUAUCCAGAUAUUUUUCUGAGAAGUAGAAUCGCUGAGUCAAAGUAUAUGAACAUUUACAAUUUUGGAAAGUAUUACCAACUUGGCAAAUGUUUUAUCAGUUUACUCUCCCACCACCAGUUAUGAGACUACCUGUUUCCCCAUUUCCUCUCAAACCCUGCAUUUUAUCAAGUCUUUAAAUCCCUGCCAAUGUUAUAAGAAAAACUAGUGUCUUGCUAUUUUAGCAUACAUUUACUUAAUUCAGAAUGCGGUUAAGUAUUUUUAUAUAUAUCAAGAGAGCCAAGUGUAAAGACCGAUAUUUUCACUUUUACUCUUUCUCUUUUACUGGCAUAUAUGAUUUAUCAUUGUCAUUCUGGUCUCACAUUCCUUCUUCUCUUUGCCCCUAUGCAGAAUCCCCUCCACUGAACCCAUAACUGUGUCCCUCUCACUAGAACUUAUUCUCCUUCUAUGGGAUGGUGAGUGCCAUGCUCUGGCAUCCUCUACGCCUCUCUUUCCUUCCUUCCUCUAAAUAACUCAUCUUGUCUUGCUAAUUCAUAGAUAUGAGAUAUUUACAUAUCAGGUCUUCAAAGAAAGCUUAUAAAGAUUUUCAUAGAACUUGCCAAUGUGGUCAUGGAUAUGGUAACACUAUACUGUGAUAUGUCCAAAUUAUGGAAUGUACUGUCACUGCAUUAUUUCAUGUAGUUAGGUACUUUCUGAAAGCCUCUUAAUUCAUAGUCAUUUAUGAGAUAUGACUAUGAAACAAUGACAGGAAAAAUACAACAGAACUAUCAAUCUAAGUGAGUAAAAGGAUCCUUAUUCUUUUAUUUGCCUUCUGGUGAUGAAACACGACAAAGAUAUCUGAAUUGCUUUGUGACUGAAAUGGUCUCCAAGAGCACGCAUCAGCCUUGGUCUAGUUUUCUGACAAUGAUUGAAUUGCCCAAGAUUAAGAUCCGUGCCAUUUCUCCUACAUCAGUUUCUCCUUACUCUCCUCUUUCAGGUGGUAUGAGCGGUGUCACUGCUGACAGGCCAUGGAUGAAGGCAAUCACUCAGCGGUGUUGGAGUUUGUGUUCCUGGGACUCUCCACCUCACCUGACAUCCAGCUCCUUCUCUUCCUCUUUUCCUGUGUGUUCUAUGUGGCCAGCUUGAUGGGAAACCUCCUCAUUGUGCUAACUGUGACCUCUGACCCUCAUUUACAGUCCCCCAUGUACUUCCUGCUGGCCAACCUUUCCAUCAUCGACUUGAUAUUUUGCUCUUCCACAGCUCCCAAGAUGAUUUAUGAUCUUUUAAGAGAGUGCAAAACCAUCUCUUUUGGGGGCUGUGUAGCUCAGAUCUUCUUUAUCCAUGCAGUUGGGGGCACUGAGAUGGUGCUGCUCAUCGCCAUGGCCUUUGACAGAUACGUUGCCAUAUGUAAGCCCCUCCACUACAUCAUGACCCCACGGAGGUGCAUUUUUUUUCUAGUUGCUUCCUGGAUCAUUGGCUUGAUUCAUUCAGUGACUCAACUGGCCUUUGUUGUGGACUUGCCUUUCUGUGGGCCUAAUGAAUUAGACAGCUUUUUUUGUGACCUUCCUCGGUUUAUCAGACUUGCUUGCACAGAGACAAACAAAUUGGGAUUCAUGGUUACUGCCAAUAGUGGCUUUAUUUCUGUGGCCUCCUUUUUAAUUCUAAUCAUCUCUUACACCUUUAUUUUGGUGACUGUUCAGAAAAAAUCUUUGGGGAGUAUGUCCAAGGCCCUCUCCACUCUGUCAGCUCAUGUCACUGUGGUUGUUUUGUUCUUUGGGCCAUUAAUCUUCUUCUACGUGUGGCCAUUUCCCACAUCACAUCUGGAUAAGUUCCUUGCCAUCUUUGAUGCAGUUAUCACUCCUUUUCUGAAUCCAGUGAUCUACACUUUUAGAAAUAAGGAGAUGAAGGUGGCAAUGAGGAGACUAUGUUCUCAGUUUGUGAAUUAGAGUAAUGUCUCUUAAAUAUGCAGAGGAUUUGGGCUUUGCUUAUGUGAGAGACUUACAGAUCAUGUUUUUUUUUUUUUUUUUUGCAUUUGUUUGUUUGUUUAUUUAUUUAUUUAUUUAUUUAUUUAUGAGAGAGAGCGAGAGAGAGCACAAGUGGGGGGAGGGACAAAGGGAGAGGCAGAAGCAGACUCCCAACUGAGCAGGGAGCCAGAUGCAGGGCUGGAUCCAGGACCCCAAAGUCAUGACCUGAGCCGAAGCCACACACUUAACCAACUGAGUCACCCAGGCGCCCUGGUCGUGGUUUUCUUAUCUCACCAGUGGUCUUACCUCGAUAUGGUGCCAAAUAGAAUUAGUAUAAAUGUGAAACAAUCCCUUUUGAAAGGCAAUAUGUGGCUCACUGUUUAUUUUCUAUUUUCUCCAUGUUAAAGAGACUCUCUUACUUUAAAGAUAAGUAUUAAUUUUUACUUCAUCUGAUUUGUCUUACUAUAUAGCUGAUUUGUUUUCUAUCUUUGCAGCUCAUUAUCUCUUAGCUUCCCUCAUUGUUCUAUUUGCUAAUCUGGUUUUUCAGGGUCCAGUUAAGGAGUAAUCAACCAGUUAAUUUGAAAGGAAAAGUUUGGUGUAAAGAAUGGUUUGCUAAGUAAAAGCUGUUAACUAGAUUUUGAAAAAGGAUGAGAUAUACAUCCUAUGUAUGUGAGAUAUCACAUACAUACAUAGUAUUUGUAGGAAGCAGCUCUCACUCCUUGGGAUGGAAAAUGAAGGGAAGAAGUUAGAAUUACUAAAACUUAAAAAUAAAAAGCUACUAAAAUCUUGGAGGAAGGACCUGUGGAGUUGAAAUUCACAUAUCUGAGGAGGGACUGCUGCUUGGCUGGUGCUAAGAUCUCUCAGCUUAGAGGAGGGCGGGGACACCACCCCUGUCGCAAGCGUACUGCAGGCUAACACAGGUAUUCCUGAGGAGGGUGUGAUGAGGUGACCUCCUCUAAGGUUGGAACGCAGCUGCUGCCUAGGAAAGAAACCAAGGUUGCUGAGGUGAACAGUGUGGUUGGGUGAUGCUCACAGGCAUGGUGAGCAGAAAGGAAGCCCACAGGCAGCAAGAAAGUCCCUUCUUCCUCUUCCAGCCGUGCAGUCUCCCUCUAGUGCCCCCCCCUAAUGGCAGAGCUGGCCAAAAAGAAAUGAGUUUGCAGAGCGUCAGCUCCUGCUUCUUGACAGAGUAUAGAAGGAUAGCUUAGAGCUGAAAGAUAAUAGUUCAUAGAGCCCACACAGUUACUUAGAUAAUUAUUAAAAUUCAGUUGGGGGGGGUCUCAUGGUUUUUUAACUUUAAGGUAAAUCAUCUCAUAGAGUUUUCCUAUUUUAAAAAGUUUCAGGUACUGGAAAAGUAGUUAAUUUGCUCAAGAUCCUAAAGGGAAUAUAUGGAAGAUUUAAAUCCAGAGUCUAGGUUGCCAGGCUCCUGGUCCUUUGCUGCCUUCUGUCACUUUAGAUCUUAUUUCCUCAGUGGUUAAGUGUCAUGUAUCCAUUGGGCUGUUAAGUUGUCACUGACAGGUACCAGUAUAUUAUUCACCUUGUCUCCUGAAUGUCUGUUCGCCAAAUUGCAGAGCUUCAACAAAUGUUCAUGAAUGAUUUUCACUUAAUAAAUCUAUUCGGCCCUAUUUUUAAAUUUCUUUUCUGAUUUCUUGUUUCAUUUAAAUAGAGCUUUCAUUCUGGACAGUUUUAGUGUUACCAAGAAGUUGCCAAGGUAUUCCAGGGAGUUCCUAUACAGCCCUCGACCAGCUUCAGUUUCAACUGUUUCUUCUAAUGUUAUCAUCUUAUAUCUCUGCGGUCCAUUUGUGGUACACUGAGAGAUCAACACUGGUACAUUCCUAUUAACUCAAUGCUAGACUGUGUUCAGAUUUCACCAGUGUUUCCAAAAGUAGCCAGAUCCUGGAGACCCCUGAUAUUCUAGGCAUUCCCUUUUCACAUCUGAUUCAUAAGAAUUCUGGAGAAAGAACUUGAGUGCCAGGUAGAGCCCCAGUGGAAAUAUGGCAGUGGCUGUAUUCUAACCAGUGUGCAUAUAUUUUAGAAUUUUAACAAAUAUGUUCAUCACACAGCUGUGUUUCAGCUGAAAUAAACAUUAUUGGAAAAUGGGUGUUGGAGAAGUUGUGGCAGGUGACCCCAAUACUUGUAUAAUCAUAUGCAGUAGCCCUGAGGUAACUCGGGUGUCUGCCAUUAGGUAUUAGUGAUCAGACAGUCAAAAAGUUGUGCAUACCCACCAUAGAUUACUAUGUGAUAUCUGGGAAUAAUAGACCUGAUGUCCACAUAGCAACUUGGGCUAAGUGAAAUAAAAUAUUUAGAAUGGUACAUACAACAAUAUUUUAUAUGUAUGUGCAUAGAAAACAUUCUGCAUGUUUUAUGAUAGCAAAUGGAAUACCGUCGUAGGAUUGCAGGAUUCUUGUCUCACCGAGUUGAAGAAUGAAUCUCAUGGACACAAAAAGGUGAAGUGGAGUGAAGUUUAUUAAGUGAGGGUGAGAACAGGAAGGAAAGAAAAAGCUCUCUGGAGUGAGAGGGAUCUCAAAUGGCUUGCCACUGAGGGCUUUUAGAGCCGGCCUUUUUUUU